AUGGUCAAGGCACUACCCGAAGCUGAGUUUCUGACACAUCAAGCAAAUGGCGAAGAUGAAAUCGUUUUAGUCGGCAAUCUGUCUGUCACUGAGAAAGCUGGUUUGAUUCAGGUCGACAAGAUCAGCUCUGCCUUGCAAGUCUACAUACUCAAGGGGGCCAAAGCAGCAUAUGGAAGGCAUAAGGAAAUCAGCGGCGUUGCACUCGCCGCAGGCUAUGGAUAUCGUUCCAUGAUUGAGCUAUACAUCGGACACUGCAAUGCAAUCGCGUCUCAAAUCCUCGUCAAUGCUAUGUCAAGAUGUAUGCUGCAUGAUCAGACUAGGCUUGCCUUCACUACGGUCCAAUACCUUCUGCAGGCUGGAGCCCUUGUGGAUGAUCUAGUCCUACAAAGAUGCGAAGCACGCACGUCAUAUGUGCAACGGGCCAUUUACAAGCGAGGCAACAUCCAUUGCUGUAUCACUGGUGGAGCCAUGACUAUAACGCUCAUCGCUCACGAGGCGAUGAAGCAAUUGCCUUGGGCAACUCUAUACCGCUAUGUCGCCAUCAAAAUGCUCUUGCGAAUCAUUGCCAACGGCAAGGUCAAGGUCCCGACGGAGCCAAUGCCAUUCCAUGCUAUGGUUAAAGACGUAAUUGGCUGGUUGAAGAGCCCAUCAGUCGCACAAAUCAGCGAUAGCUUGGAAAGGGGAUUAUGGUUUAGGAGACGAGAAGGGUGA